AUGAACAGACAGGGCAAAGUGCGGUUUGCCAAAUGGUACUCGGACUAUUCGGUAAAAAAAUAUAGACUUAAUGUUGAUGUACACAAGCUUAUAUCUUCAAGAGAUCAAAAACAUCAAAGUAAUUUCGUUGAGUUCCAAAAUAAUAAACUUGUAUAUAAAAGAUAUGCUGGACUAUAUUUCAUUGCUGGUAUUGAUUUAGCUGAUAAUGAAUUGAUUUAUCUUUCAUCUAUACAUUUAUUAGUGGAAAUACUUGAUGCUUAUUUUGAAAAUGUUUGUGAAUUAGAUUUAGUUUUCAAUUUUCAUAAAAUUUAUGCAGUUUUAGAUGAAAUGUUUUUAGCUGGUGAAAUUCAAGAAACUUCAAAAGAUCUGAUACUGAAGAGAUUAGAAUAUAUUGAUUCUUUGGAAUGA